CCAAUCCAAUUUUUCAUCAGUUUCAUUGAAGAAAAAGUCUCGCUCGGUUGUGUCAUCGUGGAAUACGCGCACGCAGCAAGUAAUAUCGUAAAUAUUGAAAAUUCACCGAGUAGGGAAAUACAGCAGAACAUUUCCACAUAUCGGAACGGGAACGGUGUAGGGCGUCGAUUAUUUUCGGAUACGCGGAUUUGGUGUGACAAUUCCCGACGGUCGUCGAGUCAUCAAAUCGUCAGACAUCGUCCAGUUUUUUACAGGAACGCGAUCCACGAAAGUUUCAACUGGUGGUGGAACCUUUUAGUUAAACUGGCCUGUUUGGAUCUCUCAUUUUCCGGAUGUAAUCCGAAUAAUUAAGUUUAAUUUAACCACAAGAAUUGGUAAAAAUUGGAAGUUUUUUUUCCUCCUUUCUAAAAAAUUGGUGUGGCCAAGUCUUGUUUUGUGCAAAUUGCUUAUGUGUCUGUGUACUAUGUUGGGAAUGAGCUAAUCGAAGUGGCUUUAGCUAAUCUUCCCCUGAGCCAUCGAGAAUCGAGACACCACAGCGCCAACGUAACAAUAAUAAUUGGCCACUAUUGGCAGAAGUGGGUAAGUUCCUGGGAAAUUUUCCCGAACCGAUAAGAGCCAAGUGGAGUCGUGAGCCAAUUGAAGCAGCUGGAGACCAAUCCGGGAAGGGCUGUUUCCAGAUUGACUUGAAGGACGGUCACAUAAUCUCCGACUAUACGGUGACGACUCAAGAGUGUUUGUAUUACUGUUAUUUUUUUUUGCUGUCGUCGAGUGCCUGUGAUGUGAUCAAGCUUCUCGCAAAUCUUUCAAGGAGUGGAAAGGUGAAAUCAACGCAAGAAGAAAGUGGCACACAGCUUACUAGCUAGCCGAAAACAAAAAGAGAAAUCGCAAUCGAAUCGUCGAAGAUUCCGCAAUGUUUAUCUAUGGGAGCGGGUAAUGUACGCAGCAAAAGUAGAAGUGCGGUUUUGACGUAUCCGGAUAAUAAGAGGUGGAUUAAGUGAAAAAUAACAAGAAUGGGAGUCUGUCUGUGCAAGGACAAGGUGGAGGAAGGCUACCUGAAUGGGGAUAGUCGGGAUUCGUAUGCGGCCAGUGGGAACGAAAGUGGCGGAGAUGGCCAGAACCAGCACCAUCAUGGUCAUCAUCAUCACCACCACCAUCAUCUGGGGCGAGGGGGUGGUGGAGGACCCGGUGGAAUGGCCGGCAGUGGUGGGGUACGGUUUUGUAGCCGGAUGGACCACCGGAAGGUUUCGCUAUCCGACCAAGUGGACGAGCUGGUCAAGGAAACGCUGGACAUCAUUGGAUCGAUCGUGGACAAUGAACCGGAGCCCCCGAACUCGAUGAUUCUGCUUCACGAUAUCACCGACAAACCAUCCGGCUGGAUCCAGCUGGUCAAAUCGCUAAUCCGGGUGGUGCCGCUAGAGCAUCCGAUGGGGCCGAGCGUAAUUACCCUGCUACUCGACGACAGUCCGCUGCCGACCAAGGAUUCCGUACUGGAGGUCGCUGACAUGAUAACGCACUCCAUCCGACGAACGCCCAAAAGGGAGCGAAAUUUGUGCGUGAUUCUCGGAUGUUUAGCGGAAAAGCUAGCCGGCCCCAGCAGUAUAGCGGUCCUGUCGGACGUCACACUGGGCUAUUUGCUCGGAAAUUUGGAUGAAGGUAUCAAUCCCGAUGUAAUGCUGUUCUCGUUAAUCGCUCUGGAGAAGUUUGCUCAAACCAGCGAAAACAAGGCAACAAUUAAGCGCAAGCUGGCCCUGUACCCGGAAAAUCCACUAUCACGACUGGAGCGACAUGCUGAUAGCAAGGAGUUUAUCUUUCGGCAAGUGGGUUUCUGUGCUCGGUGGUGUUUGGACAACUACUUUAUCAUAGAGGGCCGCAAAUACUCGUACGAGGUGGCCGAUGUGGCCAACGUGAACGUCAUGCUGAACACUCGGGACGUGAGCGAGUAUCUGAAGAUUUCUCCGGACGGUUUGGAGGCCCGUUGUGAUGCGUAUUCGUUCGAGAGUGUCCGGUGCACGUUCCAGGUCAACCAGGGCUGCUGGUACUACGAGGUGCUAAUCAUCACCCCCGGGGUGAUGCAGAUCGGAUGGGCCACCAAGGAUUCCAACUUCCUGAGCCACGAAGGGUACGGCAUUGGGGACGAUGCGUAUUCGAUAGCGUUCGAUGGCUGUCGCAAGUUGAUCUGGCACAAUGCUCGCUCGAUGCCGCACGAUUUGCACAUCUGGAAGGGUGGCUCGGUUUUGGGCUGUUUGUUGGAUCUGGAUGCCAGGGAAGUGAUCUUCAGUUUGGAUGGUGCCGAGGGUGGGGUUUUGAAGCAAGUAUUUGGCAGUGCAAAGGAUGGUUUCUUCGCGGCGGCCUCGUUUAUGUCGUUCCAACAGUGUCGGUUCAAUUUUGGUGCUACUCCCUUCGUGUAUCCUCCCAAGAAUCGUCAGUACAAAAGCUUCAACGGUCACGCCGAGAUGAAGGAUCAGGAUAAGAUCGUUUUGCCGAGGCAUCUUUUCCUGGAGCAGUUGCGCAAGUUGAGCGUGCGCGAAGAUUCCUGUACCUUGUGUUUCGAUAUGAAGGCUUCGAUUCGAUUAGAACCGUGCAAACAUCGCGGAUUCUGUACCAAUUGCGCCGCUCAACUUCAGUUCUGCCCGAUGUGUCGUGCAGAAAUCGUUAGUACGGUACAGGAAGAAGCAACUCCAGACAGUCCGGGGUCGGAUGAAGUCAUCGAGACGACCUGAUAGCGGCAACAAUCCUCGAUAGGAGUUGAUGAAGUUAAUCAGUUUUAAGCUAAGAAAAUAAUAAUAGGUAGUACGAAGGCCGCAUUCCUCCGACCGAAUACUCGAGCAAGGUAUCGACAUCGAUAGUAAAAUCUACCGAGGCGAAUAAAAGUCCAUUGCGGUGGACUUACAUCUUUCAUAAAGCGAUUUUUUUUCGAAGAGUUUUUACUAUGAAUGUCGAUAGGCUCUAUGUGGGUGUAGUAGGUAUAUCUAAAAAAAACAACAAUGAAUGAACGUUUCAAAUCUGUUUGAAUCGUGAACGAAAUACAGAAUAUAAGCAAAAAAAUAUUUGUGAUAAUAAAACAAACUAUAGAUAAGGAAAAGCUUACUCGUCUAAGCUUAUAGUCGUUGUGCACUGAUUGACCGAACACAUCAGAUAGGAACUGAAAGUUUGCCAUUUAAAAUACUAUUUAUGUUUCUCACUGCUCGAGAUCGUUACGUACUUAAGCGUAGAAGAGAAAACCAAAAAAAAAAUCGAAAAGCAAGUGCGUAUUCAGAAAAAAAACACUGUAGGUAGUGUGACUCCUCGAAAGUUUUCGUUUUAACCGUUGUUUUUUCUACAGAUGGCCUGCAGUCGUCUUCCGAAAUCCAAAACAAGAUUGUUUGAGUAGGGAUAAUAUUACCGUACUUUUAUUUUCACAGAAAGCUCAUACAAAUCGUAGGAAAUCUUUUUAAACCCUAAGUUAAACCUAACAAUCGUUUUUACUGAUUAGAUAGCAGCAAUGUAAAUCUUCAAACAAACACUAGCCUUAUUUUAUAUCAACUUUAUAUUGCCUCGUAUAAAAAUGAAUCAAUAACGGUUUUAGUUAGCGUCCUAUCAAAGAACCGCUGAAAAAGAUAACAUUUGAUAUUACAUUGAGUAACAAAGCAAAAACAGUUUCAUACAUUGCUUAAUCAGAGUAUUUUGAACAUGGAGAGUUAAGAGAGUAUCAAACAAAAUCCGACAUAGAAAUGAUGGAACAAUUGUACGAAAUCGAAAUGACUGAUAUACCUAUUUUUGUACGGAGCGAACAGAAGAUAAAUGAUUGAAGAAAAACCCUAUAUGUAUAGAACAAGAAUUGAUAAAUAGCUUUAAGCUUCGGAGGCGAAUAAAAUGCAGAAAAGUACACACCAGACAUAACUAACACACAUACAAUCCAUUUUGUAACUCAUUCGGAAUGAUAAAAGGGAGAUAAUGUUAUACAUCCAUAAAAAGAACAUACAGAUCAUGCGGAUUACUGCAGCAGUUUGUUUUUGUCGGGAAUGAGAAUUAGUUAAAUUAAUUCGACAAAAUUCGACAGUGAAUCAUCAGUGACGUUAUCAGAAAUAUAU